AUGUAUAAUUUNCAAAAUGUGAAGUCACAAACAGUUGGCUGUGGUUUGUACCUUCUUGCGUCGUCGGUUACUUCUCUUGUAACAAUCAUUUUGUUCACAGUCAAGUUUUGGUUUGUCGUUGUGACACAAAUGGAUCUGUCUGUUCGUCUGUCCGUUGUUGAAGGUGGAUGUAAGUCGAUUGAAACUCUUCUCAAGUUAUUCUUCUAUUGGGAUGCUUGGCUGAAUGCAUGUGUAGCAGUGGAACGUGGAAUGAGUGUUUACAAAGGAGUGAGUUUUGAUAAAGAGAAGAGUAAGCGCUUUGCUCGAUGGAGCAUCUUCAUUUUGCCCAUCGUGAUUGUGGGGACGGUUAUUCAUGAAUCAAUAUACCGCAAAAUGUUCAAACAUGAAGUAAAACAACGGAAGCCGUACAGCGAAAACUAUAACAUUGACGAAGAUAUCGAGAUAGGUACUUCCACCUGGUGCGUAACUUCAUAUUCUCAAUGGCUUCAAGGUUACAACACAGGCAUUCUCUUCAUUCAUCUCCUUGGCCCAUUCAUUGCAAAUAUUUUGUCUUCGUUAGUCAUCAUUAUUAGGAGUGCUCGACGACGAGCAGAAGCUCAGAAACAGCGAUCGUAUAAAGAUCAUCUUCGCGAACAAUGGAAUGAACAGAAACAACUUGUCAUCAGUCCUAUAAUUUUAGUUGUUCUUUCAACACCGCGUCUGAUUAUAUCUUUGUUAUCAGGAUGUGCCGAUGUCUCUAGUCAUACAUGGUUAUAUAUUUGCGGCUAUUUUGUUUCAUUCACACCAUCGAUACUGAUCUUCGUUGUAUUUGUACUCCCAUCAAAUUCGUAUCGAAAAACUUUCAAAGAAUCAUUCUUUCAAAUUUGUCAACGACGACGGCGACGAUUAUAG